GGAUCCUCUUGUGAAGCUGCAGAUGUCAAAGCACCACCAUUCAACCAGGGGUUUUCUCACGCAUGCGCAGGGGUGAAAGACCGUCUCAUCGGGGAGGGAAAAAAAAGAAGUUCACACACAAAGCCACGCCUGCGCGGUGUGCCUCUCAUUACAAGCGAAGUUGCUGCAUCUUUUUAGGAAGCUACAUGCUUUCUUUCGACACCCAAAGGUCGCAUGGUGUCAGGGACGCGCCUAGUCACGGGAACAGACCGGAGCGCGUUCAUGAGGUGCAAGAUCGCGCUUUAACACUGAAGAGUAUCAAACAGCGUGCGGGGAUCCAGCCUAAUGGUUUACAUUGGGCCACAACGAGCAGUCAAUGAUUUGCGCCAAGCAUCUUUUUUCUUGUCCGCCGUUUAUUUUGCAGAGCUUUUGUAUUUUGCACGGGGAGAAACUGACAUAGCAAACUCAUCUGUAUGAUCGGGGAGCAGGAGCACACAGUAUGGUCCGGGAAACCAGACAUUUAUGGGUGGGAAAUUUACCCGAAAAUGUACGAGAGGAGAAAAUUAUUGAGCACUUCAAGCGAUAUGGACGAGUGGAGAGUGUCAAGGUCCUGCCCAAGCGGGGAUCAGAAGGUGGAGUCGCGGCCUUUGUGGAUUUUGUGGACAUUAAAAGUGCUCAGAAGGCUCACAAUGCUGUCAACAAGAUGGGGGACAGAGACCUGCGCACUGAUUACAAUGAACCAGGAACAAUUCCUAGUGCAGCGAGGGGGCUGGACGAUAGUCUGUCCUUAGGCUCUCGCGGCCGGGAUGUAUCAGGAUUCACAAGGGCGGCAGGGGGGGCCGUGUAUGGGCCCCCCACGUCGCUUCACAGCAGAGAUGGACGCUAUGAACGCAGACUAGACGGGACCACUGAAAGUCGGGAUCGGGGGUACGAUCACAGUGCCUAUGGACUUCACGAGCGUACUGGUAGCAGUUUUGACCGUCAGCGGCAUUAUGAAACAGACUAUUACCGUGACGCGAGGGAGAGAACUCUAAGCACAGCUGGGAGUGGGUCUGGUACCUCCAGCGGAAGUGGUACAACUGUGCCGUCAGGAGUCGGUGGAACUAUAGUUAGUGCCGUUUCUGGGAACACCGGAACAAGUGGAUCUUCAGCGGCCACAACGGGAGGAAGCGGAGGGUCUACUUCCAGCGGGGUUGGCUUCUACCGCUCCCACAGCAGGAGCCCUUGUCGAUUUGAGACACCCGAGCCUCGGUAUGAGUCUCGAGCCCGGGAACCCUUUACUUUGGCCAGUGUGGUUCACAGGGACCUGUAUCGGGAGGACAGGGGUCGGCGUGGGGAACGUUCCUACCGCCACAGUCGUAGCCGGUCUCCACAUUCGACGCAUUCACGAAAUCCCUCUCCUCAGAGACUGGUGAGUCAGGCCACUCGUCCUCCACGCUCCCACAGUGGGUCAGGCUCUCGCAGCCGUUCCUCCAGUUCAGACUCAGUCAGCAGUACCAGCAGCAGUACGAGUGGCAGUGAUUCUAGCAGUAGCUCAAGUGAUGACUCUCCAGCACGUUCAGUGCAGUCAACAGCUGUGCCUGCACCUUCAGCACUUCCCUUAUCCUCCCUUGACAAGGAUGAACCACGUAAAAGCUUUGGCAUCAAGGUCCAAAAUCUCCCUGUGCGCUCAACAGACACAAGCCUGAAGGAUGGUUUGUUCCAUGAAUUUAAAAAACAUGGAAAGGUCACAUCUGUGCAAAUCCACGGCGCUUCAGAAGAGCGCUACGGGCUUGUGUUUUUUCGUCAGCAAGAGGACCAAGAGAAAGCCCUUGCAGCAUCAAAGGGGAAGCUUUUUUUUGGCAUGCAAAUUGAUGUCACAGCCUGGAAUGGCCCCGAGACGGAAAGCGAGAAUGAGUUCCGGCCCUUGGACGAGAGGAUUGAUGAGUUUCAUCCAAAGGCCACGCGGACAUUAUUUAUUGGAAACUUAGAGAAGACCACCACUUACCAUGACCUGCUUAACAUCUUCCAGCGUUUUGGAGAUAUAGUGGAUAUUGACAUUAAGAAGGUGAAUGGAGCCCCACAGUAUGCCUUUCUACAAUAUUGUGACAUUGCCAGUGUCUGUAAGGCAAUAAAAAAGAUGGAUGGCGAGUAUCUUGGAAACAACCGACUAAAGCUGGGCUUUGGGAAGAGUAUGCCAACGACAUGCGUUUGGUUGGAUGGAUUAGCGUCGAAUACAACUGAACAGUUUCUUACUCGUCAUUUUUGCAGAUACGGACAUGUUGUCAAGGUUGUACUUGACAGGAUGAAAGGAAUGGCCCUUAUUCUGUAUAACAACAUCGAAUAUGCGCAAACAGCCGUUAAAGACACAAAGGGAUGGAAAAUAGGGGGGAAUAAAAUCAAGGUGGACUUUGCAAAUCAGGAAAGUCAGAUGGCCUUCUAUCGUUCAAUGCAGGCAUCUGGUCAGGAUAUUCGAGACUUUUAUGAUAUUCUCUCUGAAAGAAGGGAUGAUCGACGAACCCAAUAUGAGUUUCAAGCAGAAAGACAAUAUUAUGAAAAUGUUAGAACACCUGGAACGUACACUGAAGAUCCACGUCGAAAAUAUCCUGCCAGAAGUCGGGACUUCUACACUGAAUGGGACCCAUAUCAGGGAGAUUACUAUGAUCCACAAUACUUUGAAGACCCUCGGGAAUAUCGGGAAUACAGAGCUGACCCUUAUGAGCAGGACAUACGUAAAUACAGCUAUCUGCAGCGGGAACGUGAAAGAGAAAGGGAGCGCUUUGAAACAGAUCGUGGACGCGAUCAUGGAAGGAGGACCAUUGAGCGUAGCCAGAGCCCGUCUCACAUUACCACUCGCCGACCUGCUAGCCCAACUGCAUCUCCAUCACUCUCUGAGAGAAUACCAAGCGAUUCAGACCGCCGUAUUUGUUGUCGAUCUUCUGAAAGAAGUGGUAGCUGCAGUUCAAUAUCUCCACCAAGAUUUGAAAAACUUGAAAAGGCACGCUCUGAAAGGUAUAAUAAAAGUGAAAAACUCGAGAAGGAUAGAGUUUUUGAAAUUGACAGUGGGAAUGUGGUUGAAAAGGAAAAGAGGACUGGACGAAAAGAACGAGGAGACAAAGACAAAAGUGAAAAACAGAGGGUUAAGAAGCUUAAAAUGGCAUCACCUAUUAUCCAGACAUGUGAACCGGAACCUGAACUUGAAAGAGAUGUUAGUCCUGAGUCUGUUCUGCGAAGCAAGACCAGCAAAAUCCAAAAAGAAAGCUCAAGUAAAGGGAGGUUAGACCUUCUGCCUUGUGUGGUGCAGUUAACACGAGUUAAAGAAAAAGAAGGGAAAUUGAUUGGUCAUGUUGUCCAAGAAAAACAAAUACAGAGGGGUGGGAGUGACAGUCCGAGACUGGCAUCACCUCCAGCUGACCAGAGGAGUCCUCCAUUCCGCACAGAGCCAUCAAAAAUUGAUAUUGCUAAGCAUGGGAAGGUUCCCAGAGACAAAAAUAUGCACAGUUUAGUGGAGGUCACUGACAAAGAUGGCAAAAUCAAAGCCAAAAAACAUGGGAAAUCUGAAAUGGGAUUUGACAGUGGCAUUUCAGUGGAUAUUGACCGUCUAGCUGCAAGGAAAAGGCGUUUUGAAGACUCCGGUAAAGCUGAUCGACAAAAGAGAACUAGUGAAGAGGACCUUGGUAGAUCUGGACUUUAUAAGCUGUGGAACAGUGCUAAGGAGACAGAUUUGGAUAAGAAUCUUUUGAUGAGAGGGAUUCAUAAAAAGGAUCACCACAAAGAAAAAUGUGUGCGGAUGAUUUCAGUUAAUAGUCCAAAAGAAGGACAGGACAGUGAUAUUAACCCCGAAGGCCUUCCUCUGGAGCGGCACUCACAACUAGUGCAACUGGCUGAAGAUUCUACAGAUCAGUUAGACUCUCCCUACCUUAAAAUGGAUUUAGAGAGCUCAAAAAGGGAAAAUACCUCAAGUUUUACAAAAAUAUCAGACGAUAACGCCGUUGAUUUGGACGAAUUAAAUGAACAGAAACAAGUUAUGCCUGAAAACGCACAAGGCAGAGCGAAAUCCAGAGACUCUGAUGGAGAUGAACAAUUUGUGCACAUUGACCAGACUAAUAUUUGCACAAAACAAACUGAACAGAGUCAACGGCUCAGAUCCAAGCUAGUCGAGCCUGAUAGGGGACUAAAUAGUGAGACUCGUGACUUUGAAAAGGAUUAUUUUGUUCAAGACUUUGAAAAAUCAGUACCAGAUGUGGCCAGUGAUGAUUUAUUUUACUGUAAACGAAAGAAAUUAGAGAAUAUUGACUUUGAAAUACUCAAAUUAAAAAGAGAGCGCAACUUUUCAAGUUCCCAAAAGUUCAAUGAAGACAUUUACACCAUGUCAUCAUCAAUAGGAGCUGCUCAGUCUUCUGAAAACGAGGAAGAUGAAACAGCCCAUGUCUCUUUGACAGGUACAAAUAAAGAAAGAAAAUCCUCUCCAACAGCAGGUGAGAAAUUUUCACACACCGAGUCAUUGAAAAACAGUUUGGACCUGAUGCCUAGACAUUUUCAGUCUUCUGACACUGAUCUCCCAAAGCUUAACACGUCCUUGCUUGGAUGUGAUGAAGAGUUAAUGCAGCACUGGGAAAGAGGGAUAAAGCCUGAUUCGUUCAGAAUGGAAAUGGCAUUCCAAAGUGAUAUUUCAAAGCAUGAAAGCAUUCGGAAGCGCCUUGGUCAGGAUUUGGAACCUGGAGAAGUGCAGUCUGAUUCAGAUGAUGAUGGAGAAAACAAGUCCAAGUCGAAUAGUUCCUUGUCCUACAUCCUCAGGGAUCGUGAUAAGAGGAUGACAGACCUGAAGCUUUCAGGAUCCUUGGAAAAGAAUAAGUUUUACUCCUUUGCUUUAGAUAAAACUAUAACUCCUGAUACAAAAGCACUCCUGGAAAGAGCCAAAACACUGUAUUCUUCUAGGGAAGACAAUUGGUCCUUUCUCCCUUCGCGCUUUCCAGCAUCCCACAGGUGUUCAGAUAAGGACAAGGUGGAACUAACACCUCGACCAAUACCUUCUUGGUAUAUGAAAAAGAAAAAGAUUCGUACUAACUCUGAUGAAAAGCUGCAUGAUAAAAAGGAGGAUCUUAAGCCACAGGACCAAGAGCGUCAGGAAUUGUUUGCCUCUCGUUUCCUUCACAGCUCAAUCUUUGAACAGGAUUCCCGGCGGUUGCAGCAUCUUGGACGUAAAGAUCAAGAUUUAGAAAUUGGAAGUGGAAGGCCUUUGAACAAGCCAGGUGCUGCUGAAGCGGAGCCUGAAUCUGCAGGAAGUGACAUCCCACAAGAACCGAUAGUGCUUUUCCAUAGUCGUUUUUUGGAGCUUCAGCAACAAAAAGACAAAGACCACCUUCCACCUGAUACUGAGAAGGAUUCAUUAGUGCCAGACAUAAAAAGAAAUGAAGUUCAGAACUGUGAUAAUACCAUACCUGAUAAGGAACUGGAGCCAGUACAAAAGGCAGAUGACAAAUCAGCCAGCCCCUCAUUAAUCGCUACUGCCUUACCGUUUGUUCCUUCCCCUAAAGAAAUUUCUCCACAAGAAAAGAAAGAAGUUUUAACUCUGCCCUCAGAUCAACCUGUGCCAGUUGUCAAAGAAGAAAAAGUAGAGCCAAUCCUUGAGGUUUCGCAACCUCACUCUGUCGCUGUGGAAGACUUCAAACCUGUUGCUGUUAAGCUAAACAGAUCCCCUUUGCUUACUCUUUCAGAACCAGAAACUGAAACUGAAACAAAACCAGAGUUAAAAGAACUGAAGGUGGAAUGUGGUGAUAGUAAAACAGUGGAACAUACUCCCAUUGUGGAAGAUAAACCUCCAACUCCUGGUGGUUCCCUAGGUGGUUUUGAACGAGAGACUGUAGAAAUCACUUACUCUGACUGCCCAAAGAUGGAAGAAAAACCUGAAACUAUGAAGUCAGAACCUGAAACUGAAAAUCAAGAAUCAAAAGACUUUGAGGAAUCUCAGAAAACUGAAACAGAUGGUGAGGUGUGCAUGCCAGAACUAGAAGCUGAAAUAAAACCGUUACCAAAUCGCAGACAACCCAAGAGUAAAAGGGCAAAACCGCUGUCAGUAUUACGGACUACACAACCUUCCCAAAUUGCUGCCACUGAAAAACCUGCAACACGUAAGAGUGAACGGAUUGACCGAGAGAAACUCAAAAGGGCUUCAUCUCCUCGUGCAGAAGCACCAAAGAUAUCAGUUGACUCUAAAACAACGUCCAAGUCACCGAUACAUGCAUCAGACUCUGAACAAAACAUCGAGUCAAGUUUGAUCCAUGGGAGAACACGUCGGCGAAACGUAAGGUCAGUUUACGCCACACUACAUGAAGACGACCAAGCUGGCAAAGAGGUAGUUGAGUCACCACGCUGCAUGCGCAAACGUGGUGCUGAUAAAGAACCAAUACAGCAAGAUGUUCAAAUUUCUACCAAUACUAGGCGUGGACGCCCACCUAAAAGAGGCAUCAAACGAGGAGAAGAUGUAUCACCAGUAAAGGUUGAUCAGAAGAAACUGAUGGAAGAAGACACAGAGGCGUCAUGUACAGUAGAGGUUGUGAAAGCCUCUGAGGGCUGGCGUUCACCCCGCACCCAGAAGCAGCAGCAAACACCUCAGACUCCAUCUACUCCAACUAACAAGAAAGGAAGUAGAGCAGACAAACUGUCUGGGAGCACGACAGAGCUAGCUGAACAAGAUGAUAUGGCAAGUCAAAACGAGCCAGAGCUUAAGCCUAAAACUGAACCGCUUGGCAAGUUAUCAGAAAGGGUGGAAAAUCCAAACUCAACAGUUCACAAAAAAGAAAAGGAAUUAAAAGAUGUUGGAAAGAAAUCUGGUGAUGUUGAUGAUGAAAAGAUAGACACUGGCCCAUUAGAGAGGAGACAGCAGCCUGAAAAGAGUGCAAAAGUUAAAACACCGAGGUUAAAACGUAACACCAAACAGAUAGCUGAAGACAAAUCACACAGUUUAAAAAAUCUAGAGAUCCGUGUUAGUGUUGAUGAUGUAAAAGGUUUACUCCGUUCAGAGGAUGAUGAGCUUGAGACCUUUGAAGCUCCAGCUAUUACAAAAACUAAGACAGUACUACAAGAUAAUGAAGGAAUUAAAACAAUAGACCAAAUUCCAAAAGAAUCAAAAGAGCUUGCUGCACAGGAUAAGGAAGACUCAGAAUCAGAACUUCCAGCUGAUCCAGCUGCUGCAUUAUUAGCACGACAGAUGGAGUUAGAGCAGGCAGUCGAAAAUAUUGCUAAGCUUACAGUGGAGCAACCUUCUCGACCAUAUAAAGAGCCACCUUCAGAGCAAACUACGAUAUUGCCUCCUGUUGCAGUGGAACCAGAGAGUGAAGUUGAGGAGGAGAAGCGAGCUAAUCCUGCUAGUGAAACUGAACUUGCAGCGGCUAUUGAUUCAAUUACAGCAGAAGAAACAUGUGUAGAUGCAGAUAGCUUCACGUCUCCUCCCACUUACACUGCUCUUAUUCCCACCCCUGAAUCCUUGAUAUCCUCCUCCUCCAAUGAGAUUAUGGAACCUGAAACUCACAUGGUCAUCAACAAUAUUCUUGCCGGGGAUUUAGAUGAUGGUCCUGUGACACCAAGCCCAAAUCGGCCAGGGGCAGAAUCUAAGGCAGCUGAAGAUCCCAUUUUACUUGAAACACCCAGGAAAACCGGAAAAGUUAGAGCCAAAACCCCGAAAAAGGCAAGAAGUCGUAAAGGGGCAGGUAACAGAAAAGGGGAUGCUGCUGAAGAGGUUUCUCAGUCAGAGUCCACUCCAGUCAAGUUACCUGAAUCAAUCCCAGAAGACCCAGAAACCAAUAAUUCAAAAGCAGUCACUGUUACAGCUGCGGCCACUUCAGCAGCCUCUGUAGUCACUGCUGUUGCUACUUGUAGGCGAGACGUAACAAGUGCCAUAACGGUCGACACACCCAAAGAGGCAGAACAACCCGAGGUUGAACAGCCUGUGCCUAAAGAAUCUGCUUUUCAUUCUGGCACAAACACUAUCUCCAGUGUUAAAAAGCACCCCCAAGCAGCAGAGCCAUGUACUCCUCCUACAUUUACCCCUGCUCCUGCUUGCACACAACCUGUAUCCCAGUUAAGUGUACCUCUGUUGCGGCCUGCCAAAGUGCCACUUUCGCCUGACUGGCCUCAGAGAUCUGAAGAAAGCAGAAUCUAUGUUGCCCCUUCAAGUCAUGUCACAGUGGUAACUCCUUCAAUGCAAGCAUCAGCUACACUUGGAACCCCUGCAGCAAAUCCUCCAAUGCCUCCAGACACCAAGGCCUCUGACAUUGACCCAAGUUCAAGCACGUUAAGAAAAAUUCUGAUGGAACCUAAAUAUGUGUCUGCGUCAAAUAGCAAUUCUAUACCUACCACUAUAGUCACACCAGCUCUGUCAGAGCCUUCACGGAUGUCAGAGAAUGAAAAUCCCUCUGAUGCAGUGGGUUCAAGACAGUUACAUUCUGAAGACAGGCCACAAUUACCUCCCCAGCCCAUGCACCAUAAACCAUCUCCACUGACAGAGUCACAACAGAACUGUGGAGAGAAAAACCAGCAUACAAUUAUUUCUCCUGCUACCUCAGUAAUAAGUCGAAUUCCAAUGCCUUACGAUACAGAAGAAACUCCACGUAUUUCACUAAGCAACCGAAGCAUUGGCCUAACCAUUCCCAAGCAAAAAUUCAGAUCAAACUCCAAUGAGAACAGCCGAUGCCUUGCUAUGGAUAUAGUAGAAGAUGGGACAAGAGGACGCUCUGUUGUUGAGAGCACUCCAUACAUUACUGGUUCCAGUCCUGGCCUAAGGGUCAAUACAUCUGAGGGUGUUGUCGUACUCAGUUAUUCAGGUCAGAAAACCGAAGGACCUCACAGGAUGAGAGCCAAAAUUAGUCAGAUUCCUCAAGCCAGUGCUGGUGAUAUAGAGUUUCAGCAAUCUGUUUCCAAAUCUCAAUUAAAACAAGACCCAGUCAUCUCAUCAUCCCAGUCACCUACUCCCAAAGCAGCCCCAACUCCUACUGGUUAUGGUCACACAGGAGUCCUUUUAGCCGGCCAGUCAUAUAACUCUCAACCUGUUAUUUCUAGUACCAAGCAGGAGAGUCUUGGAUCUGACAAAUCUGAAUCUCCAUAUCACACAGCACCCCAAGGAGGUGUAGUAAAGAUGUUCCAGCAACCAGUUAGUUCUUCUCAAGUCUUAAUGUACAACCCACCUGUGAUACAACAGCAGCAUGGCAAGAGAGGACUAGGGUCAGAGCCUCUGUCGAAAAAGAUGGACCCUGGCAAAGCUGCUCAGCAGUCUAAUCUAAGCCCAGUCACACACCACCCAUCACUCUCUGGAACCCGCAUGAGCCCCAGCCCUGGCAUUGUAAAUGAUCGCUCAGCUCUGCACCUUAAGCAAGAACCACAGUCUCCACGAACAGCUGUUCACUCUCCUUCACCUUUUGUCAAAGCCUGUCCUCCAAGCAGUUCUCCUAUCGGCACAUCUGUUGUUCUGACUCAUGGCAUGCCACCAAUGUCUAGCUAUCAUUCUGCUAUGCAUCACUCGCACUCAGAACAGUCCUCUGUCAUAAUUCAACCUCACAGUGUCACUCAGUCAAUGGCUCAUGAUGCCAGGAUGAACACCCCACCAAUGCCUGGGAUAAACUAUGGAAGGCGAGGUGAUUCGCUGUCUGCGCCGCUUCCGGGGUCUCAACAGCGCUCAAACCCACAACAGCAAAAUGUCAUUCGAGAUAUGGUUCUGCACUGUCAUUCAAAUCCCCAAGGUUCAGUAUCAAGUGGUGGCGGCAACAGUGCAAGUGAAGAAGAGCCUAGACACUUUAACCAAGCACUCAGUAGACCUUCAGUUCCCCAGCUGCAGUCCGAUGUAAUGAUGAUUCACAGUGAUCACAGAGGACUUCACCCAAACAUACGCAUGGAGCAGUACAGAGACAUGCACCAGCGCAUCCUCAUGCACCAGCAACGGGGUGAACAGGCUGCUGUAGAGGCAAGACAGUCACGCAGAGACUCGGAGACUGGAACAGCAUCUUCAGGCAAUAUCUCUGGACCUUCAAAGAGUCCUAUUUCGGGGAAGAGCAUUGACCUUUCUGCAAAGGAACCUCUCAAACCACUAGAAGGAAAGCUUAUUCAUCCAACCUCCAGUGAAAGCAGAAUCCGGGGAGUCCAUGCAUCUAGUCCUGUCAUGGUGUCGCCUCACCCUCAUGGGGUUCACCUAAUGCAUCCAGGUGGUGCUGGCUCCUUUCCAGUUUAUAGGGACAUUCGAGGCUUCUCAUCCCAGUUUUCACCACACAACCUGGCUAACCAAGGUGUUACAUCUUCACAGGUACCUCCAGAUCCUGAACUGGGUAACCGUGGUAAAAUGUCUCAGUCCCAUGGGUGUGGAAGUGAUUCCAAGUCUGAGAGCUCCCACCUUCGCCAUGCUACCUCUUCGGACCUCUCACACAUUUCCCGAAUACAGGGGGAUACAGUCUCCCCCUCAUACCAGUCUCCCAUGAUGUCCCCUAUGGGUCUUACACACAAGUCAGAUCUAUCUCUUCAGAAAGGCCCUCCAGCCUUCCUGUCUACUUCAGCAGUACCCUCUUCGACUUCAGUACAGCCACGGCCUGAUGCCAAACUGGAACAUUCAGGACAUCGUUCCAUUGACAUGGUGCAGCUAUUGACGAAGUAUCCUAUCGUAUGGCAAGGCUUGUUGGCAUUGAAAAACGACCAGGCUGCUGUCCAGUUACAUUUUGUUUCCGGCAACACCAUGCUGGCCCAGCGCUCCCUUCCACCCCCAGAGGGAGGUCCUCUUCUCCGUAUUGUCCAGAGGAUGAGGCUCGAGGCUUCCCAGCUGGACAGUGUGGCACGCAGAAUGACUGUGGAAAAUGACUACUGUUUGCUACUGGCUCUACCCUGUGGUCGAGACCAAGAAGAUGUCCUUGGUCAAACCCAAGCCUUGAAAAGUGGCUUUAUCACAUACCUGCAAGCUAAACAGGCAGCUGGCAUCAUCAAUGUGCCCAACCCUGGCUCUACUCAGCCAGCUUAUGUGGUUCAGAUUUUUCCACCUUGCGAAUUCUCCGAGAGCCACUUGUCACGUCUGGCCCCGGACCUUCUCAACAGCAUAUCCAGCAUUUCCCCUCACCUCAUGAUUGUCAUCGCCUCUGUUUAAUUACCUCCAUUUUUCUUUCCUGAACUAAGCCAACACCAGCCCUUUUGGACUCAUCCAGUUUGUUGGAAGCUGGAAUUGCCUCAUAUUUUUAUGAGUUGGACUUCUUUUUACGAAAAAACAAAGCAACCUAAUUUAGCAUGAACUCACCUUUUCUCCUUCACUUCACCAAGUCCUUAAGUCACCCAGUGAUGUUGAAUUCCAAAAACUAUACCUUUCCGAAAAGGAUAUGAAGGGUUGAGGGGGAUUUUAUUUUUGGAUGAGGAUUUGCUCAUUUCAUUCUUGCCAUUUUUGGAGGUGUUGUGCAUAGCCUUUUUUCUUAUUCAUAGCAUUCAUUAAGCUGUGGAUGGAUACCUUCGUAUGGGAUAUUUUUUAUCUUCAUAAAAGUGAUUGUGAUUUUUUUUAAGACUAUGUCAGAAGUCAUUGCACUAUGUUGAAGAGAAAUUGUGAACUUUGUACAGAUUUGAGUAUAAAAUGAUACAUGUUAUGGACUAAUUCUUGUGAUCACAUCAGUCAUGCUUGUGCAAGAUAAAAGAAAAUCAUUGCCUGGAAAAACGAUCAGUCAAGAUCAGUCAUACAUGCUUUUGCUUAUUCACCAUCAGCAAAUUUCUACUUAAUUUCUGGACUCGACUCUCCAUCCCAAAGUGUUCCCUGCCCCAGGAACUCGUAAGGGGACGAUUGGAGUUGUACAGUUUACACUCAAUGCCUCAACAGGGGACUAUAUAAAGAAUAUUUAAUUAGUUUAUUUUUGUUUGCAUCUUCUUUAAGCCUAAAGGUAUUGUUGACAAUUGUGAAACUGUAAAUAUUAUAAAUAUUUAAAGACUGAAGCAAUGUGGAGAGACCAAGUGAAUAUUUUACAAGACAGAUCAUCAGAUCUUUCUUUGGACAGGGGCAGGGAUGGGGAACAACGGGGGAGGAUCUGUACAAGAUUACUGAUUGAUAUUUGCCCCCCAAAAAACAACAAAAAAACUUGAUUUUGUGCCAAAACAUUUUUUUUGCUAAUACUCAACAUGCGCAAUGUAUCUAAAACAUUUGAUCAGAACAUAUUUUCAUAUGUGACUUUGUAUUUUGUCAUCCGGAGGGCAGAUUUGAUUCCUUUUUUUGUAUUGUUCAUAAACCUUUCUCUGUUAUUACAGUGCUUUUACAUGAUGGAACUCUGUGUUCAUUUCAAAAGGACCAUUGUACUGUAGGGUUUGCAAUUCUGCUCCUAUUCCUGUUUUUAUUCUCCCCCCAUGUGGUCCUGUACUGCCCCCUGCUGUCUGAAAAACAAGUCUCUUAUUAGGCACUGCAUCUUGAGGUCAUUUAUCCAUGACUUCAUGGCAGAUAUGCAUGCUUUUAUUUUUCAAAUUCUAAAAAGCUAAAGUAGGAUCAUAAAGGCAAAGAAUGUGACUUAAACUUGACAUCAAGCCGCUAAUGGAUGUGUUAAUCAUCUGUCUCCACCCCUCCCCUUAAUCGUGUCCUUGAGCCAAGCUGUAAAUACUGAUCUCCUUAAUCUGUGCUCUCGUGUAUUUUUCUCCCCCCCUUAUAAUUGUUUUCUUCAGGGUCUUUCUUUUUGUUUUGUGCAACAAAACAACGCAGUCUGAAAGAGACGGGAGAGGAGGUGAACCGAUGCUGAAAGUAAAAACCAUGCUUGUCAGUUUUGUGUUGUAAAUAUUUCUAUGACUGCAAGCUGAAUACUCUCAUGGUUAUGUUGAAGGCACUUAUAAAUUUUGAUAAACAAAUGAAAAGAAAAAAAAACUUCAAACAGCGAUUAAUAUGAAAACUGUCUUUUGAUCAACCUUCAUUUUGAGUGUAUUUUGCUGUUCCUCCAUGAGGACAUUUUAAACUGUAAAAUAAAUGGUUGUUUAACUUACUUCUGAAGAUCAUUAAAUGGUCCGUAACUCUGUUUUUUU